UUCGCUUUGUAAUCCUUCGUUGUAUAUGAAGUCGUGAAUUACACUGUAAUGUCUACUUUGGUUUGCUUUGGUUGGAUUUGAGGUUGUCAAUAGUAUAAAAGAGAAGUUUAAAUGAAAAUGUAAUUUACGUACUGAGUACAAGACGUGAUAUCAGAUUUUCUUAUCUUUUGUUGUAAAGCACCUUCAUCCUACUAUAAAAGUUAUACUUAAACGUUUUAGGAUUAAAUUGAUAUGUAAGGAGAUAAAUAAGAAAAUAUGACAACAGAUGAUAAUUUGUACUGGUAUCAUGGUAGGACGUCUAGAGAGGCUGCCGAAGAAUUGUUAUUAAGUGAUGAAAAGAGACAGAAUGGAUUAUUCUUGGUGAGGGAGAGUAGCACAGCAGCAGGAAACUAUGUACUGUCUGUGCUGUACAAAGGUGAAGUCGUUCACUAUCAAAUAGUGAGACAUGGAGAGGAUGCUUUCUUUUCAAUAGAUGAGACAACAAUAACUCAUGGGUUAGAGACACUAAUAGAUAUGUAUCAGAGGAGUGCUGAUUGCCUGGUCACGAAGCUGACCGUUCCGAUCAAGAAGGACCCUCCGCCCCACGACUCCCGAAGACAUGGACGCACCAAUCUGCUUCACAGGGCCACUAAGGAAGGUAACUACACAGUCGCAUCAGAGCUACUGAAAUGUGGAUACAGGAGCUUAGAAGCAAAGAAUGAAGAAGGGCAGACUGCUGUUCAUCUUGCAUGUAGACUAGGAAUAAAUAACAUCUUAGAAAAACUCAUAAACAGUGGAAUCACUACAAAUUGUCUGGAGAAAUUGGUGAAUUGUAGGGAUACAGAUGGCUACACACCUUUACAUUAUGCUUGUCAAAGUAAUUUGCCAAAUACUGUCUGCUUACUAAUCACCAAGGGAAAAGCAAAUGUCCAGAUCCGCAAUCCUUCAACAGGGUGUGUGCCUCUACAUGAAGCUGCUAGCAGAGGACACAAGGAAGUAGUGCAGGCGUUGCUGUCUAUGAAGGCUCCCCUACUGCCAAGAACUGCUGCCAACCAAACACCAUAUGAUCUCGCACUUCAGAAUGGUUUCGAGUCCUUGGCACAACUUCUUUCUAGUCACAAGUUACCAGAGCCAACCACCAGCAAGUCUGAAUGGUACCAUGGAACAUUAGAUCGAAAUGAAGCCACAUCAGUGUUAAAAACUGCAGGGAAACAAGAUGGUGCAUUUUUGGUACGUUACAGUGACCAAAAAAAGGGAUAUGUUCUCACCAUGUGUUACUCACAACAUAUAUACAACUUUCAAAUACAGAUGAUGGGAGAGUGUUACUUCAUUGAUGAUGGACCACUCCUGGAGUCACUGGAGGCUCUGGUUGAACAUUACACCAUAUGGGGGCCAGAUGGCCUGCCCACCAACCUCAGGUGGCCCCAACCUCCUCGACCUGCUCCUCCCGUGCCCAGCAACCCUAGACCAUCUCUUCGUAAUGGAUUAUCCCCAGUUUCCACUCUACCACUGAAGCAGCGGAGAUCUAGAAGCUUACAGAACACGUCGAGUCACACGAGCACACUCCCUCUCCCUGAGAGAAAUAAACCAAGGCCUAAACUGAGCCAGUGGAGUAUAGCUCCCUCCCAGUCAGAGUCAGCUGAUGACAUCCCCUUACCUCCAACUCUCCCUCCUGCCAAGUACAUUCCACCUCAUCAAGGUUAGUCUAAAAUGUAUACUGUUACAAUU